AUUAGUCCUAUCUCAUAGGUUUUGUCAUAACAAAUAACUUCUGCCAUUCUUAUCCAGAGAAUCUUCUUUGGGAUAUGGAUCACAAAGCAGUCAUCGUGUGUCUCAUCUUUGGUGUAGUCCAAGUAUCUGCCGUGGAAACAUAUUAUGAAAUAUUGGAAGGGAACCACGGUGACUUACACACCCCAGGGUACCCGGAUGAGUACAAGAAUAAUUUUCACAAGACCUGGCAGCUGAAUCUACCAUGGACGGAAAAAAAAUAUACCCUGACCCUGACCAUUGAGGCGAUGGACAUUGAAGGAACUCCUCCAGAUUGCUAUGAUUAUAUCAAAGUGGACCAUAAGGAAUAUUGUGGACAGUCAUCAAAGGAAAUCAAGGUGUAUGGCAUCGAAAGCGGUCUGAACAUUGAAUUCAUCUCAGACGGGAGUGUGGUUGGACAGGGUUUCAAGGGUCAAUAUAAAUUUGAAGAAGACUAGACGAGGCUUCACGGCAAGGAGGUCUGUCAUGCAACUGAAAAGCGAUGGGUUAGCCGCAUUUUUGGUAACAACACCUUUG